AUGGGAAGCGCCAACACUCAGACAUGGCUCGAUGUUGUGUCAACACAGCUCAACGUUGACCUCGACUACAUGGACCCAGCUUUCACAUUGAGCCUCCUUCCUGUCAUACCACAUGAUAUGACUAGCAACCAGUUCAUUGUACAUGAUCGGAUGUGCCACCCCGACAACGAAGCUCUCCUCAAAGAUGUUGCGAAGGAAUACAAAGAUCGUGGCUGGCUGGCGAUUUAUACACGCAUGGCGGUCCUGAUGUGCAAAGCAAACAUUGACAACAUUAAGGGUCGAGUCCUUCUUCAGACUCUCCCAUCAUACGCCUACGACACUGAUAAGACAGUGGAGCACGCUCGGGCAUACGCACGCGAAUUCGAGAGUGUGGGUAUAUCCAAGGAUCGUCUCUGCAUCAAGAUCCCAGCCACUGGUCCUGCCUUGAGCGCAUGCCCAAUCCUCCUCAAGGAUGAAAUCCGUACCCUUGGAACUGCAGUUUUCAGUGUUCACCAAGCUAUUGCAGCAAGCCAAGCUAGCUGCUUGUACAUUAGCCCUUACUACAAUGAGAUUCUCGCCCAUCUCGACCAGACACACUGGCCCAAGUCCGCUGAUCCAGCCCUUCUUCAUCCAUUUUCAUCUCGAUUCAUCCAAAUUCUGGAAACAUACAAGCGCCUCUACAAAGAGACGGGCAAAGAGCAACCUUUUAUCAAGCAAGCUGGAUUUCUAUCAGCACAAGAGGUCAUGGCAUCUGGGGAAAUUGGUUGCCACUCAGCAACAAUUCCCCGUCAAGUCCUCCAGGAACUCUCAGAGCUUAAGUAUGAUGCCUCUCGGCAACCUGGAGGAGGAUUAACCAAGCUGCCUCAUCCCUAUUUGGAUGCACCGCCAGCUCCUGCUCGACUGCAAAAGGUUCUAGGAGUGGACCCGCUUACCAGCAAUUGGGAUGGGAAAUUGGCGGGUGCUGAUAUUGAUUAUUUGGCGGAUAACGGUGCUAUCUUGGACAAAGCCAAUGAGGCGGAUCCUGAAACCAAAAGACGACUUGCUGAAGCCUUGGAGGCGUUUGUGGGAGCGGAGAAGAGAAGUCAGGCUAAGAUUGAGGAGGUGAUGAAUGCUUCAUAG